UAAGCGAUGCGACUCAGUCGCGAUUCGAAGCCGGCCGUGGUAACUUAAUGCUAUAUCUUGUGUGCCGUACAGUGUAACGUGUGUCUUUUUUUAUUUCGUUUCUCGCCAUAUCACUGUGUGUUGUGUUUCUCAUACGUCGAAAGAGAGUUGUGUUUACGUUGGAAUGAAGCGUUUUAGAAGCCAAAUGGCUUCAUCUACGUACACUUUCAUUUUUUUGCCUCGACAGAUGUAAGGAAGAGAACGACGUACAGCAGUGUUACCAGUUUCCACGGUGUGGUCGAACUUUCGUUCGUCAGUCCUCCGCGGACUGUCGCGAGUGAUCACAGUGGUAUCUGUUACAAGGAGAAUAGUUGUGGACAGAAAGAGGGCGAAUAUCGUUUAAGAUGCUGACUUCCAGCGCAAAUCAGUACCUCCGUCCGGAAUAUCUUACGCCUCUACCUACUACGCUGGAUGCGAAGAAGAGUCCGCUCGCGCUCCUCGCACAGACUUGCAGUCAAAUAGGAGCUGACACGCCGUCCAAUAAAUCUCUGCUGGGCUCGUUGGACAAAGGGUCGAACAACAAAUCGUCCAAGUCGGCGGAUCAGUUGCGUGAAAAAUCGUCACCGACGAUCGCGGCGACAUCCACAGAAUCAACCAAGGCAAACUUUAAGCCUUACGAGUCGUGUUUAGGUCGUGAGAAAGCGUCAAGCCCGGACGAACAACGGUCAGCCUCUAGUCAUUCGACUUCCGGUCGAUCGAGGACACCUGGUAGCAAUAACAAACGAUGUCCGAGCAAUCAGAGCGCCUCGUCAGUCCGAGCGGUGACACCGCAAGGUCGUAAAACAUCGACGCCGAAUGGGGAUACAGCUCGAGAGUCACCCGCCUCGAGAACAUCAAUGACGAAUCUUUCAUCGACUCAACUCGACUCAUCGAGUUCUUCUCAGCCGGCCGUCGUCAGCAGUCCAUCGUUACAAGCAAAACCUUCUUAUAGCCCAGCCGGUGUUUUAGCGAUAACGGAUCCGUCCAUCAAGGAUCUUCCGUUGGGAACUUUCAAACCUGGUGUCAGUUUAGCCUCGUCGAGCUCUGGCUAUUUAGGUUACAGUCCACAAUUACCCAUCGAUGUGACAGCCAGUUCUUUGAUGUCUCAGCAACAGGCGGCGCUAAAGAAUAGCUUAGUGGCCGGUAAUCCCUAUCUGAGUUACGCAAGGUUGAAGAGUUCUUCCGGUCCCGAUGCCCUGAUGCCCGUUUGUAGGGAUCCGUAUUGCACUGGUUGUCAGUUAAACUCUCAUCUGCUUGCCAGUUCCGCGAGUGCAGUGGUGGCGAAUGGAAAGUUAGCGAGCAGUACGAGUGGCGCGGCAGGUUCCUGUCCUGCUGGAUGUGCUCAGUGCGAUCACAAACCCGGUACAACGGCUUACGGAGCGCUGGGUGUAGCCGCAUACGCACACGCACAACUGGCAGCUUUGGCAGCGGCCUCGCAACUCCCGUAUGUGUGCAACUGGAUAGCAGGCGAUACUGCUUACUGUGGCAAAAGAUUUUCCACGUCGGACGAAUUGUUGCAACAUCUGAGGAGUCACACGAGCGUGUCGAAUAGCAGCGGAGUUACGGAUCCGUCAGCCGCGUUGUCUCUGCUGUCGCCCUCCGUUGGAUUACCACCGACACAUCCUUUGUUCUCCAGGACUUAUCCCACGCCACCUUUGAGUCCACUCGCAACCGCGCGCUAUCACCCUUACGGGAAACCUUCACCGUUGUUGCCGCCGUCUCUAUCGUCGUUGGGUUUACCGCUUCCACCGCCACAUCCGCACACACCUGCAGGAUUACCACCGUAUUUCUCCCCAUACUCGCUGUACGGAGCUCCUCGCCUUGGUGCUGCAUCCGGCUUGCCUCAAUGAGUCCUUGACCACGGAUCUUGCCGAGCAAUGACGUCGAAGAAUAUCAACCGUUCAACUGUGAUCCUCGUGCGAGUAUAGGGAAGUGUUUGAUACGUAAAUAUGCAAAAAGUACCGAAUAAACCGAAGAUACGGAAUACAAAAACAGACCAAGCGAGCUGACCUCGUUAAAGUAACCUCGCAAUUACGUUAAACAAACAAAUUAGUUGCUUACUCUUGUCAACAUUUUAGUAUCGUAGAAUUUCCUUUCUUUUUAUACAUUUUUCUUAUUCUUUCGUUCCCUUACCUCCUUAUCUUAUCUUCAUUCUUAAAUUUGUUAUUUUAAUUUAUUAGUCAGACCGAAAAAUAAGAGACGCUGCGAAUGAUUAUUUAACGUGCUUGCUGAAAGGUUGGUGUCAUCAUCGAGAUAAAGAGCCGUACCUUCACACGUGUUGAGUCUUCGGUAGGAAGUGCUAAAAAGAUUGCAAGUAUUAUAGUGUACCAAUCAUUUAACUGUGAUUCUUGUGCAAGAAUAACGAAGCGUGUAGUGAAGGGGAGCAAAUCUGAAAAUAACGUGUGCCUGAAAGAACCACUUAAGGCUACUGCAUAAUUAUUAACUGUCGACGCGCGUUUAACCGGCUGUUAUGUAUUACGAUGUGUUACGAUGUACCCCGGUGCUUGAUCUUAAUAUCACGUUCGCGUACACCACUAUUUUGUUUACAUCGCCGUUCAAAUAUUCCAACGUUCAUUCGUUUUGUAUUUCGUAUUGUCAACAAUACAUCUUCGACACGACGUUUGAACACUUAUGCGCGCGCACCAGUGUAUACGACCAUACGCUUUUUAUUAUUGUACGAUUUCCUUUUCUAUGUUACGCUGUCGAUGAAUUUUUGUUCUCCGGUACGAUGGUAAUUUCCGAUUGAAAAUCAUUUCCUGUCACAUACUGAACUGAAAUAUUUGGCUGCACGGUGGCCCGUUCGCUGCACCUGACGUGAACCACUUAAUUUCGAAAAAUAAAACAAACGAGUGCCACGGGUAACGUCGAAAAACCAAUGUUCAACUGUGAUUUCCGAGUGAGAAAGCUACCAUGUGCAUGAGUGAGAUAUGCUGCGCUUCCGCUACAGAUAUGUGUAUGCGUGGUUCUAGAAUUUAUCGAUACAUACGCGAUCACGGAUCUUUAACUCCAACUAUCAACAGGCGAUUAUUUUUAAUAUCGAAUAUUUCCUCGUGAAUCUUAUCGUCGACGAGACAGUAUUUUUUUCGCGCUACACUUACCCACCUAAUAUAAUUACUGACAAAUAGCCUGGAAUGUUAAAAUCGAAUAGAUUGGAAAUGUUGCGUAACUUUGAAAAUAGUACAAAAUAUGAUGAUAAAGGAUAAACGUUUAUAACGUUAACGAGUAAGUUGAUCGUUUAUCGGCGCAGAAUUCCAAUGUAAAUUUGCAAACCACGUUUUUCAUGCUUUAAGUUCCAAGCCUAUGAAAAUACAUAGCUUGAAACGACGCAGUAAAUUCUCGUCGAUCGCGAUGUUCCAAUUGUACCAUGUCCUCCAUUAUUGCGAACAUUCGAAUGAAUAUAACGUAACGAGUCUAUGUGUAGUAUUUAUGGAUUAAUAUUCAUCACUAAUCUUUAUUGUAACUAUUGUACAUUUGUUCAUAGGUACGUAGACGGCGCGGCGAAUCUAAAAAAGGAAAAGGAAAAGCACUUUUCGUCGGACCGGUGGAGCUUAGUGAUAGUAAACGCGUGAACGUAAAUUCGACAAAUCCUUGACUAGCUGACGAAUAUUGCGUCUAUAUUUUUGCGUAACCAAAGUUUUAGUGAUUGAUCGAUAAUUUAGUACUGUUACGAAUUCUUGUAUAACGACUUUAUGUACCGAAGAAAAACGAAUGUAUUACAAGAUAUACAAUUUAAGUUACGAAUA